UCAUCAUCAAACUUUCAUGACUCAAUAACUGUUUCUGAAUAUGAAGUUCAAUCUUUGUUAUUCAGUUUGUCACCUUCUAAGGCUACUGGGCCUGAUGGCAUACCAGCAUAUCUUUUAAAGCGCUGUUCCGAAGUCAUCGCUCCGUCUUUAACAGUUAUCUUCGAGUUGUCUCUUCAGCAGGGUGUAUUUCCUUCUGAAUGGAAAUCUGCUAAUGUGGUUCCAAUACCUAAGAAAGGUGACGCUCAUGAAGUCACCAACUACAGACCUGUUUCAUUACUCUCCCAAGUCUCAAAAGUACUUGAACGCUUGAUUUUUAGACAGGUUUCUUCUUCCAUUAAGGACUCUUUGUAUGACAUUCAACAUGGCUUUCGCUGCAAUAGGUCAUGUGUUACUCAACUUUUGAAUGUGUUUCACGAUCUCGGUCGUGCUCUUGAUUCUGGCAAUGAAAUUGAUCUUCUUUAUCUUGAUUUUGCUAAAGCUUUUGACUCCGUAUCUCACAGCAAACUCUUGUUUAAACUAAAAUCUUUUGGAAUUUCCAGUCAACUUCUUAACUGGUUCGCUGAUUAUCUCCAUAAUUGGAGACAGCGUGUCGUUAUCGAAGGAGUUUCUUCAUCCUUCCUUAACGUUAAAUCUGGUGUGCCACAAGGUAGUGUCAUAGGUCCACUAUUUUUCAUUUUGUAUGUGAAUGAUCUUCCAGAG